AUGGACAACCCACGGCAGGCUAGCCCCCAAAGUCAACAGGGUGGACAACCACCAGCAGAAGAUGCAGACAGGGUGGACUGUAACGCUGCCGACUUGUUCGAGAACCCGAUGUACGCGCCGGACGAUAGAGCAGAAGACACAGACAGGGUGGACUGUAAGCCUGCAUGCUCGUUCGAGAACCCGAUGUACGCGGCGGGUACGUUACGACAAGACGACAGAGGCGAAGAAACCAACGGAAAAAAUUCUAACACCAGUGAGAUCCAUGACGAUCCCGGGAACGACGUGUACCACUGCAUCAACGACGAUGAAAUCAACGACCCAGAACAGGCUGCUCACCAAAGUCCACACGGGGGACAGCAAGCAGCAGAAGGUACUAACGAUGCCUCGGACAGCUGUGAGUUCCCCAGAGGACUCUACGGGACAUUUAUUCGUCCCAAUCUGCUCCUCCAUGUUGCAAUCGUCAUCAUAAUAGCAGCCGUCAUUGCUGUAGUAGCUGGACUCGUCGCAUUCCUCACGACCAUAGAUGAGGCUCAUCCUCUCUCACCCAACAGUCCUCUGGAGCGGAGUGUCACGUCAAGCCGACCAGUGUCACCAUUCCCCGCCACCUCUGCCGGUUCCACACUGGAAAACAACAGUUUAACUCUCUCGCCCGUAACGAUUGUAACGGAAGAGCCAACCACUGCAACAGAUUUGCCCCCAUGGAAGAUAGCUGAUGGUGUCACGGCGCCGAAUGUGUCCUCUACCGACCUGUAUCUGGAAACAACGAGCGUGUUUCCGCAAACCGGAACAGCAAAUGCAAUCACCCCGACAAGUACAACUAAGAUCUAUUUGACUGUGAAGGAAGACCCAACCAACUCAACAAUCUUGCCCAUAUGGACGACAGCUGACGUGGAGACGAGUGUGUCUCCGACCGAUUCCCAUCUGGAAACGAGUACGUCUCCACAAGCUGGAACAACAAAGACGGUCACACCGGCAACUACAGCCAAGGUGUUGACACAUAAUGUCGAAAGGACAAGAUUUGACCAGCUUCAGAAGACUACAAAGCAACACCCUUCAAUCACUCACAAAGGAGAGUGCUACCAAAGUCUGGGUUGCUGGGAGGAUCGUUUCGACCGCGCCAUUCCAAUACUCGAGGGGACAGAUCCACGUCUGGAUGGCAUCUAUGGAGCUCGAAACAACCCCGUCGAGAAGUGUUACCAGGUAGCGAAUUCUCGUGGGUUUAUCGUGUUUGCUGUACAGGAUGGCGGGCAGUGUUUCGGGUCUGCUGAUGGCCACAACACUUUCUUCAAGUACGGACGUUCCUCCGCCUGUGGAGUGGACGGCAAAGGCGGGAGCUGGACAAAUGAAGUCUACCUGAUUGGAGUCAAUGUUGCCCUGGGAAAGCCAGCGUUUCAAACAAGCCUUAUCCAUCAUACCAGCGGGAUUGCCAGUCUUGCCGUAGACGGGAACACCGAUACCAACUACGAUCAUGGUUCCUGUACACACACUAUAGACAUUGGGGAGACUAACCCGAGCUGGUGGGUGGAUCUUGGGCAAUCGUAUGUGAUUGACAGAGUACUCAUCUUCAACCGCCAGGACUGUUGUUCGGAAAGAAUCAACCCCUUCAACAUCCACAUCGGGGAUUCUGACCAGGUCAGCACGAACCCCAAGUGUGGAGGUGAUCAUCAAAUGAACUGGAACCAGCCGUCCAUUUCCGUCUCCUGUAAGGGGAUGAAGGGUCGCUAUGUGGGCGUCCGUCUUCCCGGAUCCUCCCGAAUACUGACCCUGUGUGAAGUCCAAGUAUUUUUGGAACAGGUAUGUCGGAUGGGAGAUGGAGCAUCCUACCGAGGAACAGUCUCUAAGACUGAAACAGGUAAGACCUGUCAGCGCUGGGACAGUCAGACACCUCAUAAACACUAUUACUCAACUGCAAAAUUUCCUUCGUCCGGGCUGGAGGAGAACUACUGCCGGAAGACUGAAGACUGGACCGAAGUUUGGUGCUUCACCACGGAUCCCAGCACGAGAUAUGAGAUUUGUGACGUGCCAGUAUGUGUUGUCGGACACAAGCGGCAAGGGUGCAAGGGAGGCUACAUACGACUCGGGCUACACUGUAUCCGUCUGGUUCCCAUCCAAAAGUCUUUUGUGGACGCACAGCAGGCCUGUAAGGCGGAUGGGGCGACUCUGGCUAUGCCUAAAACAACAGAACUGGACCUCGCUCUGAGACGCCUGGUCAAAACAUCCGGAGGCAACGACGAACACUGGAUUGGCAUGACGCAGGCUGGCGGCCUCGACUGGACAUGGGUGGACGGGACACCUCUGGGACACUACCGGGCAUGGAACCCCGGUGAGCCAAGGGGUGACAAAGGGGUUGUACUGUGCGUUCAGUACUGGUUUUCAGGACAUACUAGUGGUCCUAUGUGGGACGACGCUGAUUGCUCUGAGGAAAAGUGGUUCAUCUGCCAAAUUCUUCCUGCUUGACUAGGAAAUUGGUAGUCUCUGUUUGAUUACCCCAUCUUAUCAGUCAAUGACAUUGUACAUGUUCAUGAUCAGUGACUAACUGUUCCACUUGUUUAAAAGUGUAAGUUAAUGGGUGCAAUGGGUGCAUACUUUGUGCUUUCAUCAUACAAUUAAGUCUGGUCACUCUCUUUCCAUGCAUUGAAAAAAUAAGACAGAAAAGACUAAAACGAAGCAAGGAAGAAAUGUUGGCCUCUCUUAUCAACCACUCCACACAGAUGUGUUUCUGUGGAUAAAAUCCCAUAAAAACAGCAUAAUUAAGAAACCAGCUGCGCCAAAACCAUGCGAUUUGCCUCUAUGACACGCUGUCAUGUAAGUUUGCACAAAAUUUUCAUUUCCUACUGCAAUCCUCAGAAGAAUUUAAUAAGUGAAAAAUCACCAAGCUCUAGUGAUUAAGCCAAUUUGUGUAUGGAUCAUGGAUGUCAUGUGAAAAAUCUACUUUG